AGCAAAGCUUGUCAGCUCGCAGCUUGUUUUCUGCGAAGGAAAGGAAGUUUUUGCAAGGAAACUACACUUGGAGCUUUCUAUCUAUGGUUUUGCUUUGUUUGAGGUUUACUCCAAUCUUUCGCUGUCUGAGUUCUCUAAUUAAGUACCACCAGAGUUCUAGCUUAAGAUUAAUUAAUCCUUUCUCAAAUGUUCUAGUCUCCAUGAUCGGCUAGUGCUUAUUGAGUUUUGCCGUAAACAGAAACUUAGAUAUAUAUUCGAUCAGUCGUAGUAGAUCAUAACCUCAGAAGGUUAAGAUGAUUGAAGGACUUGGUUUCCAGAAGAUGUCGAAGAUCGCUUCUUCGAAGGCUUUGGUCAUCCGAGUCAACCUGGUUUUCCUUGCUCUCUUUUUUGUUGUUUACGCUGCUCUUCUUCUCCAGCCGGCUGCCACUAUCUAUUACCAGAACGCAGCAGUAUCUCUGAUUAGGUGCUCAUUUCGCGACUGCCAUCAGAACGGUAAGGUAAUUGAUGGCGUUAAGAUGAUGAAGCAGGUAGUGAAGGAGACAAAAGAAGAGUACAUAGCCACACAGCAUGAAGGGUUGAAUACGAGUACUAAAAUGGAGGUACCGAGCUUUUUGGAGGGAAUAAUAUUGAAGGGGAUUAAGAUUGGGAUGGUGAAUAUGGAAGACGAUGAUGUUAGCGAGUGGAAGAGAUUUGGACAGGUCAUACCGGUUCAUUUCGACCGGGUAUCAGAGUUAUUCAAAUGGGAGGAUUUAUUUCCUGAAUGGAUUGAUGAAGAGGAAGAGACUGAUGUACCGUUUUGCCCGGAGAUACCAAUGCCGGAGUACCAAAUCUACGACAGGAUGAACCUCGUCGUGGCUAAAUUGCCUUGCAAGUAUCCGGAAGAAGGGUGGAAUAGGGAGGUGUUUAGGCUCCAAGUCCAUCUCAUAGCGGCGAAUCUGGCUGUGAAGAGAGGAGUCAGGGACAGGAAUUUGAAGACAAAGGUGGUGUUUUGGAGUAAGUGUAGGCCAAUGCUUGAGAUUUUUAGGUGCAGUGACUUGCUGAAACAAGAAGGAGAUUGGUGGUUGUUUGAGUCAGAUAUGGCGAAGUUGAAGCAAAAGGUAUCAUUGCCUGUUGGCUCUUGCAAUCUAGCUUUGCCUCUCUGGGGACAAGGAAUCGACGAAGUGUAUGACCUGUCCAAGAUCCAAGGGUCCACAAAGAAUGCAGCCAAAGAAGCCUACGUCACCGUCCUCCACACAAGUAGCUCCUACGUCUGCGGCGCCCUAACCUUAGCCCAGAGCCUCAUCCAAACCGGCACAAAGCGCGACCUCGUCCUCCUCCUCGACGACACCAUCCCCGCCCCAAAACGCGCCGCCCUAUCCGCCGCCGGUUGGAAGCUCCGGUUCAUAAAACGUAUCCGGAAUCCGAAAGCCGAAAAUGGCACGUACAACGAGUACAACUACAGCAAGUUCCGCCUCUGGCAGCUCACCGACUACGACAAGGUCAUCUUCAUCGACGCCGACAUCAUCGUCCUCCGAAACCUCGACCUCCUCUUUCACUUCCCUCAGAUGUCGGCCACCGGCAACGACAUCCACCUCUUCAACUCCGGCGUCAUGGUCAUCGAGCCCUCCAACUGCACCUUCCAGCACCUAAUGGAUCACCGAGACGACAUCGUUUCUUACAACGGCGGCGACCAGGGCUUCCUCAACGAGAUCUUCGUGUGGUGGCACCGACUGCCGAGGAGGGUUAAUUACUUGAAGAAUUUUUGGGCCAACACUACGCUUGAGCAGAAAGCGAAAAACGGGCUGUUCGGGGCGGACCCACCGAAGCUGUACUCGAUACAUUACUUGGGGUUGAAGCCAUGGCUGUGUUACAGGGAUUACGACUGUAACUGGGACAUCGUGGACCAGUUCGUGUACGCGAGUGACGUGGCACACCGGACGUGGUGGGAGGUUCAUGAUAAGUUGGACGAGAAGUUGCAGAGGUUUUGUCUGUUGACGAAGGAGAGGAGGACUAAUGUGAACUGGGAGCGAAGAAAGGCAAGAAUAUUGAAGUUUCCUAAUGGACACUGGAAAAUCAAUAUUACAGAUCCAAGACGGAAACAUACUGUGGAAGAUGAUUAGGAUCUGUUUUUUUUUUUUUUUUUUUAAUUAUUGUUCCACUUUAAAUUUUUUGUUGUUGAUAGAAUCAUGUCAUUUACUAAUAUACAUAAUGCCCCUAUGUUCAUAUCAUAUGUGGGAUGGUUUUCUUGUUAACUUAUCAGUGUGACAGAUUUCAUGUUGUCUAUCUCCUCUCCUAAAAAAAAAAGAC